UUCACUCCAUCGCACGUGUAUUAUGUUCUGUUUUGGAUUAUUGAGUUGAACGCUGUUUUUCGAAUAGUUUUAAUUUAAAUUAAUUACAAUAUUCAUUUGAAAAUGUCACUUUUGGCAACAACAGGUAUUAGUUUCGCAACGAAUUCCAAAAAUAAGAAGAUUGUUUUCGGAGACGACGGAGAGGUUUUGGCUGAGACAGAUGUAAAGGCUUUGGAAGUCACAAAAAAAGGAAAGAAGAAAAAAAAUAAAUCUGAUCAAUCAGAGGAAGACUUUAAAUUUGAAGGUAACACAAAGGAUGAUGAGGAUGACUACUUUGCCAAACGAGAGAAAAAACGCCAGCAACAAAUGGAGGAAAACGAUGAUGCGAAUUCACAUAAAAAGUGGUUCAAUGUGUAUCCUGAGUAUCCAUCAUCAGAAGAUGUGUUGGACAUGAAAGAGUCGGAGCAAAUGGAGUUAUACAAUAUUUGCAAAAAUUCAUUUGAAGCCGAACUACCAAAUUUCUCCAAACGUGAUUCUUCGGAUGCGCGCUGGUUGCAAACAGCUCUGCGUAAAGGUACUGCGAAGGAUCGAGCUAAUGCUGGUGCGCUUCUUGUUACCAGCAAUCCACUGGGAAAUUUGGAUGCAUUGAGCACGUUAAUUGGUUUUACUAAGAUAUCGAAUAAAUCGUCAAACGAUGUCAUUACAAUAUUAGUGGAUUUGUGGAAAAAAGUUUUGUUACCUCCCCAUCGAAAACUCUUCUCUUUGCAAUUGCGUGGUGCUGACUGGAAGUUGGUCCGCAAAAAUACAGCUUUAAACAAAGAUAAACAGCGACGUAUUUACGCGUACUGGUUUUUUGAGAAUGAGUUGAAAGACCAGUAUUUUGAAUUUUUAAGGAAUCUUCAGCAGGCCAUUCAAACGGGCCAGGAACAUAAUAAAAACACAGCAAUUGUUGCGGCAUCACAACUAUUAUCCUUUGCCCCCGAAAAAGAACAAAUGAUUCUAACGUUGCUGGUCAAUAAACUUGGUGAUCCGACCGCAAAAGUCGCUUCAAAGGCAUUACAUCAUCUUACUGAAGUUGCCCAUCGCCAUCCAAAUAUGUGCGGAGUCAUUGUGGCAGAAUCGGAAAAGCUACUUUUUCGUAAUAACAUCUCUGAGCGAGCGCAACAUUUUGCACUUUGUUUUCUAGCCAGUAUAGCACCAUCAGGUCGGCCAGAAGUUUGCACGAAAUUAGUAAAUAUUUGUUUUGCCUUAUUUAAAGUGCUUGUGCAAAAAGGUGCUGUCAAUAAUCGCACUAUGCAAGCUAUUUUACGUUGUUUGCAAAAGGCCAUUAUUGAGGCUAAGCCAGAGGAAGGCUCUUCAGAAAUUCUUAGUAAGGAUAUGCAAGAUACAAUAUACCGUCUGGUGCAUUUGGCUGAUAUACGCGUUUCAGUGCAAACGCUUGGCUUACUCUUGCAAUUGAUGACUGUGAAAACUGAGAAAUCGGAUCGUUUCUACAAUGCUCUAUAUAAGAAAAUGCACGACUUGGAAAUCGUAAAUAUAGGUGUGAAAACAGCAGCUCAACUACUUCAUAUCAUCCAUCGGGCCAUUCAUAUAGACACGAAUGUGCAACGUGGUCAGGCAUUUAUCAAGCGAUUGCUGCAAUGUGCGCUGUAUUUGUCUCCAAAUAUGGCCGCCGGUUGUCUAAUAGUGAUAAACAAAUUGUUGCGCAGCCGCAAAGAGCUGGCAGGUGGUAUAUGCCCUUAUGGCAAUGAUGAAAGAGCAACCAACGAAACCUCAAUAGCUCUUAAGGUACAACCAACUGAUAUAGAGUUGGCUAAAUUUGAUAGCGACGGAGAGGAGAAGUAUGAAGAUAUACGGGAUGAAGAUGGAACCGGAAAUGGGGAUAUUGAAGAGAAUCCAAAUGACUCGGACGAAUCUAAAUUAAAUGAAAAGGGAACCGAAGAUGGGAAUAUUGAAGAGAAUCCGAAUGAGUCGGAAGAAUCUAAGUUAAACACUUCAACGAUAUCUUCGUGGCACCACGUAAAGGUUAAGUCCGAUGCAUCCGAAGCGAAAGUACGCGAUAUGGCACCAAACAAAUAUGAUCCUUAUCACCGAGUGCCCUCGUUCGCUGGCGCUGAGUUCGCAUUGCGUGACGAAUUGGUGCUUUUACGCGAGCAUUAUCAUCCUACAAUUCAAGUAUUCGCUGAUAAUAUUUUGCAACAAAAGAGAAUCGACUACUUCGGUGAUCCCUUACGCGAUUUCGGUUUACCCCACUUUCUUGAACGGUUCGCUUUCAAAAAUCCUAAAAAGUUGGAUAACCAAAAGGAGGAGACACCAGUAAUUGCGCACAAACGGUAUAUGGCCUUUGGUACACGUGGAAAACCGAUUAAGUCUUUAACGAAAGCGAAUUGUACUGAGGAUGAAAUGUAUAUUUUUACUUUCCUGGAGCAAAAACGGCAAAAACAAGUGGCGAACAAAACUAAAAAGAAGGAAGAAAUUAGCAAUGAAGAGGAUGAACAGCUGAAAGAAGGCGAAGUUGAUGACGAUGAAUUUGAAGAAUAUCUUGGCAGCUACUUUGGUAAGAAAGCUAAAGCGGCAGCUGACGCUGAAGACGAAGAAGAGAUGGACUUCCUCAAAGAAUUGGGAGGUGAAUUAAAACCAGACACCAAGAUAAAAAAGAAGAAAACAUCGAACGAUGAUGACGAAGAGGGUGUAGCAGACAUUGAUGCGGACUGGGGUGAUGAUGAUGCAGAAGAAGGCGAUUUCGCUGCUGAUAGUGAUGCAUCGGAUGAUGAAGAUGGCUCGAUCGAUGAAGAUGGUUCGAUUGAUGAGAAUUUCGAUGACGAUGAGGAUGAUGUUGGUUCACUAGAUGCAGAUGAUGCUCCAGCUGGUUUGAAGGAUGCAAGUCAAGACAGCUUUUCUGAAGAUAUGAGCGAUGACGAUGAUGAUGGUGAUAGUGACUUGGAAGCUUCGAGCUCUAAAGUAUCGCGAAAACGAGCUGUUUCUUCUUUGAAUGAGAAAAGCUUUGCAAAGAAACUUAAGCAUAGCGAUGAUAUGAGUUCGCUAUUUGCGGCUGCGGACGAUUUCGCUGAAUUGCUAGAAGAAACAGGUAAAACGAAGGGUCAGGGCACUACACAUGCACUAUUCAACAAGGACAAAUCAUCUGCAAAGCAAAUGAAAUGGGAAGAGAAAAGGCACUCAAAUGCAAAAUCUUACACAAAGCGUUCGAAAAAAGGCAAUCUUGGACACAAAAAUAUUAACAAAAAGCGAAAAUAAAAUAAAGCAUAAUUUAACGUUGUUAAUUUUAUAAGAAUUCAAUAAAACAAUAUAGUUAUAAUUUUCAUACAAUAA